AAGCUUCAACAAAUCACUUCAAUGGACCAUAAUCACAUGGCAGCCAUUUUCCUCUGACAAGGCAGGAAGCUCAACAGCUGCAAUAAUGUUAUGCUGCUGUGUUCUAGAUUGCAAGUCGUAUUAAUGCACGGAAUAUCACGAAUUGUUAUCGUUCCAUAGCGACAAUGGAUAGUGGAAAUCUGAUAUUUCAAAGUAAAACAACAUAUUUCAUAGCCCACUUAUUUAACCCUCAAAGUGAAACGCACUAGAUGUUUUUCUACUUUUUCUUGUUUUUCUACCUGAAACACCUGAAGCAGGACAACAUUUGAGCUUUUCCACCCUGAGUAUGAUGUCAGAGGAAAAUGGCUGCCGUGUGAAUUUUGUCUAUUAACUGGCCUGCUGACGGGAAGUCGGGUAGACUUCAGUUUGGGAGAACGAGCUGUGAGUAGACUUCAUUAGCCGAAGGAAAUGGACAACCCCUCUCUCUGUUAAUGAUUCAUCUGUUUGAAAGAGGUUCAGGAGCUAACGCCAUCAUCCCGUGAAUUCAUUCAGCACGCUGGAUAUUUUGGGGGAAAGGCCUUCAAAUCUGUGUGUGUUCCUGCAGAUGAGCCGUUUCAAGUGUUUUUUAAUCACACACUCAGGAGGCGUUCCAUCAUUGCAAACAUGAAUAGCACCAAACACCACAGCAGUCGGGUUGAUGGGAGAAGAUAAUAUUGAGAGUACCUUCACUCUGGGGAGUUGUAGAAAAUAAUCCUACCCAUUAGAAACAAAAAUUAAGAUGAGACUGGUUCUAUAUUAUCUGAUCCUGCUGGGGUCCAGUUAUGUGAUUUCAACCUAUGGGCCCCAUCAAAGAGCACAGAUGACCGGUGACAUUUUGCUUGGAGGUCUUUUCCCUAUACACUUUGGUGUUGCCUCCAAAGACCAAGACCUUGCAGCCCGACCCGAGUCCUCGCAAUGCGUCAGGUUCAAUUUCCGUGGUUUCCGCUGGCUCCAGGCCAUGAUUUUCGCGAUCGAUGAGAUAAACAACAGCAGCACUCUCCUGCCCAACAUCACACUGGGCUACAGGAUCUUUGACACAUGCAACACAGUGUCAAAAGCCCUGGAAGCUACGCUUAGUUUUGUGGCCCAAAAUAAGAUUGACUCCCUGAAUUUAGAUGAAUUUUGUAACUGCACUGAUCACAUUCCAGCAACCAUCGCGGUUGUCGGAGCAGCUGGAUCUGCAGUCUCUACAGCAGUCGCAAACCUACUGGGCCUUUUCUAUAUUCCUCAGAUCAGCUACGCCUCCUCUAGUCGCUUACUGAGCAACAAGAACCAGUACAAGUCCUUCAUGAGAACCAUUCCAACUGAUGAGUACCAGGCCACAGCCAUGGCGGACAUCAUCGAGUUCUUCCAGUGGAACUGGGUCAUUGCCGUGGCCUCAGACGACGACUAUGGACGCCCAGGGGUUGAAAAGUUUGAGAAAGAGAUGGAGGAACGAGACAUCUGUAUUCACCUCAAUGAACUUAUUUCACAGUACUUUGAAGAUCAUGAAAUCCAAGCUCUGGCUGACAGGAUCGAGAACUCCACAGCUAAAGUCAUUGUUGUGUUUGCCAGCGGCCCAGAUAUUGAACCUUUAAUUAAAGAGAUGGUGAGGAGAAACAUCACCGAUCGUAUCUGGUUGGCCAGCGAAGCAUGGUCAAGUUCCUCCCUCAUCGCUAAACCAGAGUAUCUUGAUGUUGUGGCAGGGACUAUUGGCUUUGCUCUGAGGGCAGGCCAAAUACCUGGUUUUAGGGAGUUCUUACAACAAGUCCAACCAAAGAAAGAUAGUCACAAUGAAUUUGUCAGGGAGUUCUGGGAAGAAACCUUCAACUGCUAUCUGGAAGACAGCCCGAGACUGCAAGAAAGUGAGAAUGGCAGUACGAGUUUCAGGCCUUUGUGCACUGGUGAGGAAGACAUCACGAGCGUUGAGACCCCUUACCUGGACUACACACAUCUUCGAAUCUCCUAUAAUGCCUAUGUUGCAGUUUAUUCCAUUGCACACGCCCUGCAGGACAUACUCACCUGCACACCUGGACAAGGACUAUUCGCCAACAAUUCUUGUGCAGAUAUAAAGAAAAUGGAGGCAUGGCAGGUCCUGAAGCAGCUAAGGCAUUUGAACUACACCAACAGCAUGGGCGAAAAGAUGCACUUCGAUGAGAAUGCAGACCUGGCAGCAAACUACACCCUCAUAAACUGGCACAGGUCUGCUGAGGAUGGCUCUGUGGAGUUUGAGGAGGUCGGAUACUACAACAUGCAUGCAAAGAGAGGAGGCAAACUUUUCAUUGACAAGACAAAGAUUCUGUGGAAUGGAUUCAGUUCUGAGGUGCCAUUCUCUAACUGCAGUGAGGACUGUGAACCUGGUACAAGAAAAGGGAUCAUAGACAGUAUGCCUACAUGCUGCUUUGAAUGCACCGAAUGCUCAGAUGGAGAAUACAGUAAUCAUAAAGAUGCCAGCGUUUGCACCAAAUGUCCAAACAACUCCUGGUCCAACGGAAACCACACAUUCUGCUUCCUGAAGGAAAUCGAGUUUCUCUCCUGGACUGAGCCGUUUGGGAUAGCCUUGGCCAUAUGUGCGGUGCUGGGUGUUGUCUUGACAGCCUUUGUGAUGGGAGUCUUUGUCAGAUUUCGCAACACCCCCAUAGUGAAGGCCACAAACCGAGAACUAUCCUACGUCCUCCUCUUCUCACUUAUCUGUUGCUUCUCCAGCUCACUCAUCUUCAUCGGAGAACCACAGGAUUGGAUGUGCCGUUUACGGCAGCCCGCCUUCGGGAUCAGUUUUGUCCUCUGCAUCUCCUGCAUCCUGGUGAAAACCAACAGAGUGCUCUUGGUAUUUGAAGCCAAGAUCCCAACAAGUCUCCAUCGCAAGUGGUGGGGAUUAAACCUGCAGUUCCUGUUGGUGUUUCUGUGCACAUUUGUCCAAGUCAUGAUAUGUGUGGUUUGGCUUUACAACGCCCCUCCUUCCAGUUACAUGAAUCAUGACAUUGAUGAGAUCAUUUUUAUCACCUGCAAUGAGGGCUCUGUGAUGGCUCUGGGGUUUCUUAUUGGUUACACAUGCCUCCUGGCAGCUAUUUGUUUCUUCUUUGCAUUUAAGUCACGGAAACUUCCAGAAAACUUCACAGAGGCCAAGUUCAUCACCUUCAGCAUGCUUAUAUUCUUUAUAGUUUGGAUCUCUUUCAUCCCCGCGUACUUCAGUACUUACGGCAAGUUUGUUUCAGCUGUGGAGGCUAUUGCUAUACUGGCCUCCAGCUUUGGGAUGCUGGCAUGCAUCUUCUUCAACAAGGUCUACAUCAUCCUCUUCAAGCCCUCCAGGAACACCAUAGAGGAAGUCCGAUGCAGCACCGCAGCCCACGCCUUCAAAGUGGCUGCCAAAGCUACACUGAAACACAACACGGCUGCGAGAAAGAAGUCCAGCAGCAUCGGCGGUUCAUCUUCCUCAACUCCAUCCUCAUCCAUCAGCCUCAAGACCAACGGCAACGACUGUGAUGCGACUUCAGGGAAGCACAGGCCAAGAGUGAGCUUCGGCAGUGGAACAGUUACACUGUCUCUGAGCUUUGAGGAGUCGAGGAGGAGUUCUCUGAUGUGAGAACAUGUCUGUCAAACUUCAGCUUUCUGAAUCCAAUUGUUAAGAGUAAUCUGAUAAUGUCACUGAUGAUCACACGAUGCUCAGUACAAAGGCCGGACUGGUAACUUGGAACAACAUUUAACCAGAGAACAAGCAAGGCUCUGUAAUUAGAUGAGUGAGACCAGAGGAUGCAUGAGUCACACUGAAAGUACACAAUGACAGGAUGUCGACAAAACGUUCCAUAAUUAUGGUCAAUCACAGGACAACAAAAGAAACGGAAGUCCCUCAACGUGGCAUUGCCAAAUUCAUGACAACUUAUUUGACGUGUUUUUGGGCAGCUACUUUCAAGCACAGUUUGAAACCUUUUCCGCAAUAACAGAAGAUAAUCCUUUAUUGAUCCCUUCAGAGGGAACACUUGGGAGUAACAGCAGCACAAGGACAGAGUAAGUACAGCUUAAUAGAGAAACUUUAAGAAAAUGAUAAAUUAAAAAGAAGUGACAAAAAAAAAGAAAAAGUGUAAACAAGAGCAGUUAGGCUAACUAUUAUUGCGUGAAGAUUGAGGGCAAAUUGGCAAAUUGAGAGCAGUGAAGGGAGAGUUGUGUGAAUGUCCCUGACUCUGUGGUAAUUGGGUAUGUGUGUUAUUUGUAUGAAUUUGGGAAGGGGGGGUUGGACUGGUCAGUACGAUGUCUCCACUGCUGCAGUGCCCACGAAUAAGUAUUGCAACACAUUGCACCUGGGUGGGAUGAUCCGGUGGCUGAAAGAGCUGCCAAUCUGCCACAGCUCAUCGUGGAGAGGGUGAGAAAGGUUAUUCAGGAUGGCUUUGAUCUCAUCCUUCAUCCUCCUCUCUGCCACUGACUCCAGACUGUCCAGUUCCAGCCCGACCACAGAGUUGGCCUCCCUUACCAGCUUGUUAAGUCACCACCCCAGCACGCCACAGCAACGGACAGAGAACUGGCUAUUGUAGAUUGGUAGAAAAUCUGCAAGAGCCUGUCACCGAAAGAUUGAAGUCUCUUUUAUGAGAACAGUCUGCUCUGACCCAUUUCUUAAGAGAGCUUGUGUGUCCAGUCACGCUUUUUAUUGAUUUGGACCCUGUGGGAGUCCACCUUCUCUACUUUGUCUCCCUGAAUGAUAACUGGGACAGAGGUCCUCCUGUUCUUCUGGUGGCCAGCACUUUGGUCUUUCCAAAAUAUAUAUAAAAUAUUGGACUGAACGAAAAGUUAAUUAGAUAUAUUUGUUGUAAUAACAGAAGCAUCACUGCUGUCACCACGGUUUCCCCAACUCAGACACUACUGUGAAUACUACUGUAUUUAGUAUAUUUCUGAUCUCCUCAAGUGUCACUGCUGCAUUAUAUAUACUAUUUAAAAAUGACAAAUGUUGUUAUAUAACCAAACAAGCUAAAUUGUGGCUCUGGUAAAACUAAAAUCAGUUGAAUUAUUUUGAAGCAUGAUCAUAAUGUAUUAACUAUAUUAAACAUUAUGCUGAAAAAGAUUCUCUCUGAAUUACAGAUCUGAAACCCUAAUGGAAAAAACAAACAAACAAUGAACAUGCUGUAGGAGGUCUGCAGGGCAUUUUGGGGCACGCCUCCACCUUCAGCUUGCUUAUCACAAGUCUCUGACAUCUGCAAACAGUGCAAGCCCAUCUCACAUGUUAAUGUCAUUCUCGCAAGAGGCCUACACUAUACAGUCAUGUCCUCACAGUAUGGAGGACAUAUAGCGGGUAGGGAGGAGCAGCUCAGGGAAGGAACUGUCUAUUCCAAUCCACACUGUCUGAUUGUCAGCUGUAAAUACACUGUUGGCUAUACUUGAGUGGAGACUACUGGCCUUUGAAGUAAUAAUAAAAGUGUUUAUUUUUACACUAUGAAAGGGGCCAUUCUUUUACACUCAAAUUAUAUUGAAUACAGGACUUUUACUCAGCAUAUUUCCAUUAUUUCUUUCUAUACUGUAAGAAAAGGGGUUGAAUACCUUGUCUUUCACAAAAGUAAUGAAAGUAAUCCAGUAAUAAGAGCUCAGUGGAGAAAUACUUGAUAAUAGUGUUUGUUCAAACAUAUUCCUUAAGGUUUUGAUUAGUUUAAACUAUAAAUGUGACUAAAGUAUAACUGAAUCCAGUUGACUGUUUUUUUUUGUUCCAACAUAACCCUGAUGUACACUGCUGCUAAUAAAAGACUUUGUACAAUUAAAAACAUUGUAUUGAGUUGUUGUUUUUUUCCCCCUUUGGAGAUGUUUUUCUUUCUAGAGUUUCUGUUUCAAUAGCAAUCAAACAUUGUAUUUGUAUUAAUUUCUAAAAUAAGAACCCUUGCAAAAGAGACGUUUCCGACAUAAGGAAACUGGUAUAAACAAAAGUAGGUAAAAAGGCAUUUGAGGAGUGCAGGACCUCCCACGUUGCUCUACAGGAGGAUGACAUGCUGACAGACUCAGGAUCAUGGCUGAUCUGAAGCAGGCUGAAGAGCAGCUGGACAACCACAUCCUCUGUUUGCAGGAGGAAAAGACC